CCUGGCAUAAAUAAUAUUUUGUAGCCCGAUCAGAAAAAAGGGAGUAAAUAAUUAAAACAAAAUGAACAGCAUUAGCUGCUACGUGUGAAAAGAAACCUGCUUUGGAUGUAUUAUGUUCAGGACAAACGUAAUAGCACUGCAAUAAAUUGGCUUUAUUAGGUUAAGGACCAACGUAAUAGCACUGCUUAUAUGUUGGCAUGUAACGUAAUUGCGAUUUGCAAAAUAGUUUCCUCAGAACGUAUUUCAUGGGAUACAGGGUUGGUAUUUAGAUGCCAGCUUUCAGAAGGCAAACAAUCCGCAUUAGAAGCGACAUCAGAGCUUAUUGGUUAAAGGUGUGUCCAAGAUGAUUGUUCUCUGCUCAGACUGAAUUUGUCAUCAUACAGGUUUAAACAUGUGGGCAGAGAGUGACUUGUAUCCAGGUGUGUCGUGUCUCCAAAGCAAUACAGAGCCUGUGAAUGGUACAGUAUACCGAAUGUAUCACGGGACUACUGAAAGAGCAGGAGAACAGAUCAAAGUCUCUGGCUUUCAGCCAUCUCAAGAUGGAAUGCUGGGAUGUGGCGUCUACCUCAGCCGAGAUCUUAACAAGGCCAGCAGAUACCCGCUUGACAAGCCGCAUGAGAGAGUUGUUAUUAGAGUGAAGGUCGAUGUUGGGAAAGUGAAGAAGAUUGACCAACAAGGUCAUCCACUGCAGAAGACCUGGCAUGAUCAUGGGUACGACACUGCCUGGUGCCCUCCAAACUCUGGGAUGUUGUCAAGUGGUCUUGAAGAAGAUUGUGUGUGGGAUCCAAAGCGAAUCACUAUUAUUGAUGUAAUUCCACCAAGCCUUCAAAACACUGUUCUAGCUGAUCCAGUUGAAGGUAAAAACUACACAAUGUUUUAUGGCACAUCUAAGGAGGAUGCAGAAAAAAUCAAAGCUCAUGGCUUUUGUCAGUCUAAUGGCAUACUUGGACGUGGAGUCUUCCUCAGCCGAGAUGUAGAAAAGGCCUUUAAUGUCCCUGUGUAUGUACCUGUGCAUCAGAGAAGUGUUCUGAGAGUGAAGGUUAAUGUUGGAAAGGUGAAAAAGAUUGAUUAUCAAGGUCAUCCAUUGCAGAAAACCUGGCAUGAUCAUGAGUAUGACACUGCUUGGUGCCCUCCACACUGUGGGAUGGUGCGAAGUGGUCUUGAGCAAGACUGUGUUUGGGAUCCAAAACGAAUCACAGUCAUUGAUGUAAUUCGUCCAAAGUCCAAACUAAGGAGUAUGAUACCUGGCAUGAUCAUGGGUGCAAACAUGUGGGAAGAAGAUGACUUGGGUCCAUCUGCUCCACCAUGUCUUGAGAGCUAUACAGCUCCAGAGGAAGGCAAAGUCUACAAAAUGUAUCAUGGCACAUCUAUGGAGAAUGAGCAACAAAUUGUUAUGUAUGGUUUCCUUCAGUCUGAUAAAGGGAUGCUAGGGCCUGGUGUCUACCUCAGCCGAGAUCUACAGAAGGCCUCCAGAUACCCUCUGGAUUUACCUGAGAGCCAGAGAGUGGUUCUGAGAGUGAAGGUUGAUGUUGGGAAAGUGAUAAAGAUUGACUAUAAACGUCAUCCACUGCAGGAAACCUGGCAUGAUUAUGGGUAUGACACUGCUUGGUGCCCUCCAAACUGUGGGAUGGUGCGAAGUGGUCUUGAAGAAUUCUGUGUUUGGGAUCCAAGACGAAUCACAGUCAUUGAUGUAAUUCAUCCAAUUCAAGAGGAAAUUGUAGAGCAAGAUGCAUCUGAGGGUAAUGUCUACAGAAUGUACCAUGGCACAACAAGGGAGGCUGCUCAAAAAAUCAAAGUCUCUGGCUUCAAACGGUCUUCUAAAGGGAUGCUUGGGCCUGGUGUCUACCUCAGCCGAGAUAUAAAGAAGGCCUCCAGAUACCCUCUGGAUUUACCUGAGGACCAGAGAGUGGUUCUGAGAGUGAGGGUCAAUGUUGGGAAAGUGAAAAAGAUUGACCGUCAAAAUCAUCCAAUGCAGAAAACCUGGCAUGAUCAUGGGUACGACACUGCCUGGUGCCCUCCAAACUGUGGAAUGGUGCCAAGCGGUCUUGAGGAAGACUGUGUUUGGGAUCCAACACGAAUCACAGUCAUUGAUGAAAUACGCCCAAAAACGCAAGGAGCGCGUGGUGCCUGUCAUGAGCGUUAUUAAUUGUGCUUUCCCAUGAAGUUUAAAAUUAACAGUUGUGAAAUAUUUUUGAAAAUUUUAUACCAGCUUUUAAAUUUAAACUGCUCAUGUGCUUUUAAACGAUGAUCAUAUUGUACUACAAACUGGGUAUGAAUAAAUUAAACUUCACAUACA